AUGCCUUCACCAACUCGCUCGUCGCACCGAGCUACUUCUCCGUCUGCGCAAAGCUCAAGCCGCCAUCACCGCAGUCGCCACAGCCAUUCCCAUCGCCACCGGCCCCGAGAGAGCUCGCGUUCGCGCUCUCCGCACCGAUCAGACAGACAUAGAUCAGACCGACACCACCGCCAUAGCGAAGACAAAGACCGCGUGCGCCACGAGCGACGACACAGAGAUGCUCCAGCGAAACCAGUCGUGCUCCCUUACCAAGCGCGCGAGCUCUCAGGGCGCGACCUGAAGGUAUACGAGCCCAUGUUUGGCAUGUAUUUGGAUAUCCAAAAAGGAAAAUAUAUCGAAGAUUUGAGUGAAGAUGAGGUGAAAGGGCGAUGGAAGAGUUUUACGCAAAAAUGGAACCGUGGAGAGCUCGCCGAGGGAUGGUAUGAUCCCAUUACACUCGAUAAGGCACGCAAGAAUGCAGAACAAGAACUGGAAGCUCACCCGAGAGAUGGACGUGAAUCACCUGAUUAUACACAGGGCGAGAGAGCGACUGGUGAAGCCCCACAGAACCCGCCAGUAGGCGACGACGACGAUGAAGAUGAGUACGGGCCUAGUCUGCCGCAACCAGGCUCAGGGAGAGGCGGUCCACAGGCGGGCCCUGCAAUUCCAACCAUGCAAGAUCUCGAGCUUAAGAGAGAAUCUGCCAUUGAAGAUGCCAUCGCUGCUCGUGGUGAAACGCGCGAGCAGUAUCGCGCUGGAAUUCGUUCACAUAAGUCCGCAAUGCGCCAUCUCGAAGAAGAGAUAGCACCGCGGGCUGAGCCAGGCACACGGGAGAGACAACUCGAGAAGAAGCGAGAAGUUGCUUCGGGCAACCGUGCAUUUGCAGAGCGCGGUGGCUCGCCCGAGGCAGCUCGCGAUGAAGAUUUAAUGGGCGGGGGCGAUGAGUUUUCUGCCUUGAAACGGGAGAAGGAGAAAGACCAGCGUAAGAAGAACGAUCGUGAGAUCCGGAGAGAGGAGAUUCUUCGUGCGCGUACAGCGGAGCGAGAAGAACGUGCGCAGGCGUAUCGACAAAAGGAACAAGAGACCAUGAGCUUCUUGCAAGCUCUGGCGAAGCAGCGAUUUGGCUGA